GCGCAGGUUCAUUGCUACUUGGUGCGCUUGUAGUUGCGACGUCGGCCUGUACUUAAAACUUUGCGCGCAUUUUUUUAAUAUCGGGUAUAGCUUAAGCUUGCCGCUUAGUAUUUGAAAUCAUGUUCGAAGCGCGCCUUGUCCAGGGAGCUCUGCUCAAGAAAGUUCUCGAAGCCGUGAAAGAUCUGAUCAACGAGGCGACAUGGGACUGCUCAGCGACAGGCAUCAGUCUCCAAGCCAUGGACAACUCGCACGUUAGUCUAGUCUCGUUAAAUUUGCGUAGCGAUGGCUUCGACAAGUUUCGGUGCGAUCGUAACCUUUCCAUGGGCAUGAACCUUGCAAGUGUAUCGAAAAUCCUGAGGUGUGCUGCGAAUGAUGACAUUAUUACCAUCAAGGCACAGGAUGAUGCGGACUCCGUUAAUUUUGUGUUCGAGGCCCCGAACCAAGAAAAGGUGUCCGACUAUGAGAUGAAGCUCAUGAACAUUGACGCGGAGCACUUGGGCAUUCCGGAGACCGACUACAGUGUCGUCAUUAAGAUGCCUUCUGGAGAAUUCCAGCGCAUCUGCCGGGAUCUAAGCCAGAUCGGCGACUCUGUACAGAUUACUUGCACAAAGGAUGGUGUGCGGUUUUCCGUCAGCGGUGAUCUGGGAACAGGGAAUGUGAAGCUCUCUCAAACAGCCAAUGUGGACAAGGAAGAGGAGGCGGUGGUCAUUGAAAUGCAGGAAGCAGUGUCGCUAACGUUUGCCUUGCGCUACCUUAACUCUUUCACCAAGGCCACACCUCUGUCAGCACAGGUGCAACUGUCAAUGUCCGCAGAUGUGCCUUUAGUGGUGGAGUACAAAAUUGAAGACAUGGGCUAUGUGCGCUACUACCUGGCACCAAAGAUAGAGGAUUCAGAAGAUAACUAAGCACUGACAUCUUGUUCAUUCUGCUUAUAAUUUUUCACCACCACCCUAACCACCUUUCCCAGUUUAAUUGAUGUCACCAAAUAAAUUCACUUGUUCUUUCUCA